CCCCAGCGCUGCACCCUCGGUGUUGGCUGCAGCCCGCGAGCAGUUCCCGUCAAUCCCUCCCCGCUUACACAGGAUGUCCAUAUUAGGACAUCUGCGUCAGCAGGUUUCCACGGCCUUUCCCUGUAGCCAUGGGGGGAGCCAUCCCCGUAGCCCCUCAUCUUUGGGGGCCCACGAGACCCCUGAGACAGGAACUGCGAAAUGCUCAUGGAAUUAGGACGUGUGUCAAGGCGCGGGUAGGGGGCUGCGAGCGCGGGGGAGGCGGCCAAGCGGCUGCAGAGGCGCCCAGGCCGGCGCACCACCCCUCUGGCGCCAACGUGGUUGAGCCCGUGACGUUUCACUCAUUCAUAAAACCGCUUUGCUAUAAAAGCAGUGGCUGCGGCGCCUCGUACUCCAACCGCAACUGCAGCGAGCAGCCAAGAAGCCGAGACUGAGCCGGCGGCGGCGGCGCAGCGAACGAGCGAGCAGUGACCGCGCUCCUACCCAGCUCUGCUCCACAGCGCCCACCUGUCUCCGCCCCUCGGUCCCUCGCCCGGCUUUGCCUAACCGCAACGAUGAUGUUCUCUGGCUUCAACGCAGACUACGAGGCGUCCUCCUCCCGCUGCAGCAGCGCGUCCCCGGCCGGGGACAGCCUCUCCUACUACCACUCACCCGCUGACUCCUUCUCCAGCAUGGGCUCGCCUGUCAACGGCCAGGACUUCUGCACGGACCUGGCUGUCUCCAGUGCCAACUUCAUUCCCACGGUCACUGCCAUCUCGACCAGUCCGGACCUGCAAUGGCUGGUGCAGCCCGCCCUCGUCUCCUCCGUGGCCCCAUCGCAGACCAGAGCCCCUCACCCCUUCGGAGUCCCCACUCCCUCCGCUGGGGCUUACUCCAGGGCUGGCGUUGUGAAGACCAUGACAGGCGGCCGAGCGCAGAGCAUUGGCAGGAGGGGCAAAGUGGAACAGUUAUCUCCAGAAGAAGAAGAGAAAAGGAGAAUCCGACGGGAAAGGAAUAAGAUGGCUGCAGCGAAAUGCCGCAACCGGAGAAGGGAGCUGACUGAUACACUCCAAGCGGAGACAGACCAAUUAGAAGAUGAGAAGUCUGCUUUGCAGACCGAGAUUGCCAACCUGCUGAAGGAGAAGGAAAAACUAGAGUUCAUCCUGGCUGCUCACCGACCUGCCUGCAAGAUCCCUGAUGACCUGGGCUUCCCAGAAGACAUGUCUGUGGCUUCCCUUGAUCUGACUGGGGGCCUGCCAGAGGCCGCCACCCCGGAGUCUGAGGAGGCCUUCAGCCUGCCUCUCCUCAAUGACCCUGAGCCCAAACCCUCAGUGGAGCCUGUCAAGAGCAUCAGCAGCAUGGAGCUGAAAGCUGAGCCCUUUGAUGACUUCCUGUUCCCAGCAUCAUCCAGGCCUAGUGGCUCUGAGACGGCCCGCUCUGUGCCAGACAUGGACCUGUCUGGGUCCUUCUAUGCAGCAGACUGGGAGCCCCUGCAUGGUGGCUCCCUGGGGAUGGGGCCCAUGGCCACAGAGCUGGAGCCCCUGUGCACUCCGGUGGUCACCUGCACUCCCAGCUGCACUGCUUAUACGUCUUCCUUCGUCUUCACCUACCCCGAGGCUGACUCCUUCCCCAGCUGCGCAGCUGCCCAUCGCAAGGGCAGCAGCAGCAAUGAGCCCUCCUCUGACUCGCUCAGCUCACCCACGCUGCUGGCCCUGUGAGCGGGCAGAGAAGGGGAGGCAGCCGGCACCCACAAGUGCCACUGCCCGAGCUGGUGCAUUACAGAGAGGAGAAACACGUCUUCCCUAGAGGGUUCCUGUAGACCUAGGGAGGACCUUAUCUGUGCGUGAAACACACCAGGCUGUGGGCCUCAAGGACUUGAAAGCAUCCAUGUGUGGACUCAAGUCCUUACCUCUUCCGGAGAUGUAGCAAAACGCAUGGAGUGUGUAUUGUUCCCAGUGACACUUCAGAGAGCUGGUAGUUAGUAGCAUGUUGAGCCAGGCCUGGGUCUGUGUCUCUUUUCUCUUUCUCCUUAGUCUUCUCAUAGCAUUAACUAAUCUAUUGGGUUCAUUAUUGGAAUUAACCUGGUGCUGGAUAUUUUCAAAUUGUAUCUAGUGCAGCUGAUUUUAACAAUAACUACUGUGUUCCUGGCAAUAGUGUGUUCUGAUUAGAAAUGAUCAAUAUUAAACUAAGAAAACAUAUGACUUUAUUUUCUGGUAGAUAGAAAUAAUUAGCUAUAUCCAUGUACUGUAGUUUUUCUUCAACAUCAAUGUUCAUUGUAAUGUUACUGAUCAUGCAUUGUUGAGGUGGUCUGAAUGUUCUGACAUUAACAGUUUUCCAUGAAAACGUUUUAUUGUGUUUUUAAUUUAUUUAUUAAGAUGGAUUAUCAGAUAUUUAUAUUUUUAUUUUAUUUUUUUCUACCUUGAGGUCUUUUGACAUGUGGAAAGUGAAUUUGAAUGAAAAAUUUAAGCAUUGUUUGCUUAUUGUUCCAAGACAUUGUCAAUAAAAGCAUUUAAGUUGAAUGCAA